UCUUAAAAACAAAAUAAAAAUAACACUAAUGUGUAUUUAACUUUAAUUAAGCUACUAAUUAAUUUAAGCCUUUUCUUACCUAUGGUGUUAAUAUAACAAUGGAAAACAAUACAAUCUAUUUGAAACUUUAUAAUUAAUUAAAAUAAUACGUUACGAAACAAUACGUAACAGCAAAUAACUAACCUCUAACAAUACUUUGUUUCAUUAUCCUCUGUUUCUCCUUCUCUCUUUUCCUCCAUAUUUUUCUUCUUCCCCUGUUUCUCUACAACAAUGAUGACAACUCUCAAAUCUGAUCAACUCAAACAGCUAAAAGACAUAUUCAUGCGUUUCGAUCUCAACGGCGACGGCAGCUUAACUCAGCUAGAACUCGCCGCACUCCUCCGUUCCCUCGGCCUGAAACCCGGUUGCGGCGAUCAACUCCAUGUUUUACUCUCUAAAAUCGAUCAUAACGGCAAUGGAUCUGUUGAAUUUGAUGAGCUUGUAGAUGCGAUUAUGCCUGAUAUGAAUGAAGAUAUAUUAAUCAAUCAAGAUCAGCUAAUGGAGCUUUUUCAAUCGUUCGAUCGCGACGGUAAUGGCUACAUUACCGCCGCUGAACUCGCCGGACAAAUGUCGAAAAUGGGUCAUCCGUUAACGUAUAGAGAAUUGUCAAAUUUGAUGCAAGAAGCUGAUACGAAUGGAGAUGGGGUUAUAAGUUUUAAUGAAUUUGCUAAUAUUCUUGGAAAAUCUGCUACCGAUUUUCUCGGAUUAAAUACCGUCUCCGAAUCGGUUGCUUGAUUAAAUGAUAUUUCUUCGUUUUGUUCCAAUUUAUGUGACACAUUGGACGUUUUGUUUGUAUUAUAUUUAUGUUUACUCGUUUUUUUUAGUUUUUCGUGUUUGUUAAAAGUUAGGAGAUUUUAUGAUCUCUUUCGCGGACCUUGCAUGAAUGCAGGAUGCUACGUGCAUCAGGCUGCCCCCUCGGUGUAUUUGAUUUAAAGAGGAGAAGGACAAUUAACGAAGUUGUAAUGUAUUUUUAACUCGUAUGGGCAUGUUGCCUUUUACGUAAUUUACGCUAUUCUCUUUGUUUCAAUUUAUCUGACAUUUAUUUGCAAA